UGCGCAGUAAUUGUUAUGCAACUGACAUGUGUUGCCUAACCUCACAUUUUUUUAAGGUUAAAUCAAUUUCAAAAUGUUAAAAAACAUUAGAUUACGCCCUUUAGUCAAUUUUUACAAAUAUUCAACUCAACCGGUGGCUAAAGAAACGCCCAAUUAUGACAAUCAGAUCAAAGAAUUCGAACGAAUUUCGAAGUUGCAACAAAAAGUCAGACCAAAAAAACCCCAGAGAGCACCUUUUGUCAAGAACCUUUUUUUGGGGGUGUUUGAUACCGACCUUUUGACCUAUCCGGAAAUCACAAAUGAGGAAUUAAACAAUUUAAACAAAGCUUUACAACCAAUUCAAACUUUCGUCCAACAACCGGAAAUCAAAGAUUGCAAUAAAAUCACACGAGACUUUUUGAAAAAACUGUCAAAUGCCCAACUUUUGGGGCUUCAAGCGGCGCAAUUAAACAACGGACGAGAACUAACAGUAACCGAAAUGUGUCGUUUUUUUGAAGUUUUAUCCGAACUUAAAAUAAGAAAUCUCCUAAUACAUAACGAAGUCUUGGCAAUACAAACUUUAGUAAAAUUUGGUUCGGAUCAAUUGAAACACAAGUAUUUAGAAAAACUAGUUAAGGGUGAAGCAACUUCGGCGUUUUGUGUUCUUGAAUCAAAAAGCAAAAUAGGGGAAAGAACAGGUGUGAAAAAUCUAGAUGGCAAAACUUGGGUUUUAAACGGUGAAAGAAAAUCAGUUUUGAACGGCAGUAAUGCCGAUUUUUACAUCGUAAUGGCAAACACACAAAACAACACAAGGGACGAAAUUACCGACAAAAAGUUCAGCUUUUUUGUAGUUGAGCGCGAUUUUGGGGGAAUCACUAGUACAAGUUGUGGCGGCAAUGAUUUGUCUGAUGUUAUUUUUGAAAAUGUUACAGUACCACACGAAAAUACCAUCGGUGGUGAAAAUUGUGGAGAAGAGAUUUUAUCAACAAUUUAUCCACAAUAUCGCCUCAGUACCGGCCCUCUAUGUUCAGUUUUAGUCAAAAAUUUAAUAAAUAAUGUCACCGAUCAUUUUAUAAGAGUUUCAAAAAAACCAAACUUGUUGUACGAAACCGACGCCAUUCGUACGAAAUUAGGACAACUAACAACGUCACUGUAUGCCAUUGACAGUAUGGUGUAUUUUACGUCAAGUCUUGUAGAUGAUUACGAAAAUCAAGACUCAGAGCUAGAAACGUCAAUUGUUAAGGUUUUUGCUUCAGAGCAAGCUUUUCUCAAUACGUCAGCUUGUCUCGACUUAAUCGCCCCUGAUUCAGUUUUUGAUAAUCACUGGUGUAAACAACUGCAUGCGGAAGCUUUGUCUCAAGUGGUUUUAAACGAUUCUAAUGAUAAUUUAAAAAUUUUGAUUGCUUUAUUUGGACUACGUCACGCUGGGGAACAACUUAAUGAAACAAUUAAAAAAAUUCGAAACCCGUUUUACUUUAGCACUUAUGCAUUUAAACGCAUGUGGACACGGCGCCGCAUUGCUGAGGAUAACCCAAAAUUAAAUCUAUAUUUGCAUCAUUAUUUGCACCCUUCAUCCAUGCUUGCUUCGCAACAAUUGGAGUAUUGUGUUUUAAAGCUUCAGUACGCCACUGAAACGUUACUAGCACGUCACGGACCGGAAGUUCUGAACAAACAUCAAGAUUUAAGACGUUUAGCUGACGCUAUUAUUGACAUAUAUGCAAUGGUUGCUUGUAUCAGUCGUUCGUCGCGCUCGUAUUGUAUAGGUUUACAACACGCCGACUAUGAGAUGGUUUUAGCCAAUGCUUUCACACUUGGAGCCCUUGAACGAGUCAAAUUGAACUUGAACAAAAUAAUAGAAGGUCCAAUUGGCACAAACGACGAGAAUUAUAGAAUGUUGGCAAAGAGAUUGUUUGAAUUAAAACAGUACUAUCCGGUGCAUCCAUUAAGCCGCAAUUUUUAGUUAAAUAAACUAGUAAUUAAGCGA